AUGUGUAGUAAGACGAGUAGUGUAAGUUAUGGAAACAGAGAAGAUGAUGAUAAUUACUCGUCCUUGUGUCCGAAGAAACAGAAACAUAAUAAUGGAGGAAAAAAAAGAGUCCCACGUAGAGGACCUGGUGUUGCUGAACUCGAGAAGAUCCGUCUCGGAGAACAACACAUCUCUACGGCCGCACCAUUUACUCUUCAUCAUCCUCCUUCCCUGGAGAAGUCUCCAACCAUCACUGACAGAACCGGUCUAGUUUACCCGUUUUCGUCUUAUUUCUCUGCCGGAUCUUUCCCUAGUGAUUUGAUUCCUCCGGCUCCAGUGUUUCAGAGGAAACAUGAUUCGUCUCUUCACUACCUCCCUCCGAUGAAUCUACCAAAACAAGGAUCUGGAGGAUUUUAUCAGUUUAUAGAGCCUCCUUCAAGCCAAACAUCUUCUCUUGACAAUGUCACUAAAUUUCUAGAUGAAGAAAAGAUCUCGUCUGCGAAAAGGCCAUGGCAUUUUAUGGCAGAUACCGCGAAAUGUAGUGUUGGACCGAGCACAACUAUCUCAAGAGAUGCUAAACAAACCAGAUCACUAGACCUAAGAUUGAAAAAUCAUGUCCAAGAUUCAGGAACCACAAUAAGAAAUCCAAUCACUAUUGAUUCUCCUUCUUCAGCCAGUCCUCCUACAACGAUAUUUGCAAAUCCGUCACUCGGUUUCCCGCGCUUUUUACAGAAAGAAGAGGAUGAUCAUGAAAUUAUACAACGAAAGAGCGGUACAAAUUUUCCUUUAAACAAAAAACCAUUCUACAGCUUCUUACCCGCGAAUGACCAGAUUAUUCGCGACCAAGAUCGAUCAUUCAGCUUGAGAACCGAGAGAUAUGACACAGUCCCUGAUCAUGGCAUUGAUCUUCGCCUUAAGUUAUAAUAAGUUUUGUUCUAAGCAGUUUUCAAAACUUCGAAUCUUUACACCAUGAGUUUGUAGUUUUGGAUAAAUAUGUAACAAAAGAUAUGCCAAAGACUUGGAUUUUCUUCGUUUC